GCGGCGGCGGCGGCGGCGGCGGCGGCGGCGGCGGCAGCGGCGGGGCCGGGCGGGCGGGCGGGCGGCGGUGCUCGGCCGCGCUGUCAGGGCCGGCGCGGCGGUGAUGAAGAUUGGCGGGCAGACCCGGAUUGUACCUCUAACCCUCAGUGAGAGCCCGUGCCAGGGAUUCGCCACCCGCCGGGAGCCGAAAAGGCCGGGCCGGGAUCGUGUCGCCCUUCAUCCUUUGUGGACAGACCGGCAACGAGCGCGCCUUCGUUUUCUGGACACAUCUGGGUUCGACCUUUAAAAACCUGAUUUAUUUUUUUGUCCUUCCUUGGAGCUGUUCAAACCUUCCUGGGCAAAACCCUGGGAUCUAGCUCAGCCGUCAGCCCUGCUUUCACCUCCGAGGGGAUAUUCCCACCGCGGUUUUCCUCGAUUCCUCCUAUUUUCCCCCUUAUCCUGCAAAAAAAAAGAAGUGCAUUAAGAGCAGACUUGCCCACCACGGCUUCGCUGACGCUGCUGAAAGACCUUCCGUGGAGCAGAAAGCUUCAUCCCCUGCUUAACAUUUCGCCUUCUCGUUCCACCGUUUUCUUUCUAUAUUCAAAUAUUUCCUCCGUCGCAUUCCCAGGUUGUGAUCCCUCCCCAGAAAAUCUUGUUUUCGGGGCAGCGGGAGGACGCUUGCAGGGCAGCGGCUCCCCGAGCACCCCCCAAACGGAGAUCCUCCCUGCCUCGAUGCCCUCUUUCCAAUCAGUAUUUUGAUGGGAUCUGCCUGGCGCUUCCAUGGAACGGCUCAGCGCCCUGCAAGGUUCUCCAUGUGACUCCCACCCAGGAUGCACCAUGUCUCCCCGGCACCGGCUCUGACGAUGAUGGCCACCCAGACGGUGCCCCCUCCUCCUUACCAAGACACCCCACAGAUGACGGCCACAGCCCAGCAGCCCACCAAGGCGCAGCCCGUCCAUCUCGCCACGCCAGCGGCGGCCCCCAACGCCCCGGUACCCGCCGCUGCCGCCGCCGCCGCCGCCGCCGGUGACCCCCAGGCGCAGCUGGAGGCCGACAAACGAGCUGUCUACAGGCACCCGCUGUUUCCGCUGCUGACUCUCCUCUUUGAGAAGUGCGAGCAGGCGACGCAGGGCUCCGAGUGCAUCACCUCGGCCAGCUUUGACGUCGACAUCGAGAACUUCGUCCACCAGCAGGAGCAGGAGCACAAGCCCUUCUUCAGCGAUGACCCCGAGCUGGACAACCUGAUGGUGAAGGCAAUCCAGGUGCUGCGCAUCCACCUCCUGGAGCUGGAGAAGGUCAACGAGUUGUGCAAGGACUUUUGCAACCGCUACAUCACCUGCCUCAAAACCAAGAUGCACAGUGACAACCUACUCAGGAACGACCUGGGGGGGCCCUACUCCCCCAACCCCUCCUCCAUCAGCCUCCAUCCCCAGGAGAUGCUGCAGAGCUCACCCGCGGCGCUGCCGCCGGCCUCCAACCCGCCGCCGGGCAUCGUGGUGCCGGCGGCCACGUUACCGCCGGGCAACUUGGCCAUGAGCGCCGGCAGCGGCUCACCCGCUGUGCCAGGUGGAGCCUUGUACCAGCCCGUGACGAUGGUGACGUCGCAGGGCCAGGUCCUAGCCCAAGCCAUUGCCCCCGGUGCCCUGCAGAUCCCCAACGCCCAGGUGAACCUGGAUCUCACCUCCCUCCUCGACGGUGAGGACAAGAAGUCCAAGAAUAAGCGGGGAGUCCUGCCCAAACAUGCCACCAACAUCAUGCGCUCAUGGCUCUUCCAGCAUCUCAUGCACCCCUACCCCACGGAGGACGAAAAGAGGCAAAUCGCCGCCCAAACCAACCUGACCCUCUUGCAAGUCAACAACUGGUUCAUUAAUGCCCGGCGGCGCAUCCUGCAGCCAAUGCUCGAUGCCAGCAACCCGGACCCCGCCCCCAAAGCCAAGAAAAUCAAAUCUCAGCACCGGCCCACCCAGCGGUUCUGGCCCAACUCCAUCGCUGCUGGGGUCCUGCAGCAGCAGGGCGGCAAUUCGGGGACAAAUCCAGACGGCUCGCUCAGCAUGGACAACCUGCAACCCCUCUCGUCAGCCACCGCCACCAUGGCCAUGCAGCAGGCCAUGCUGGCGGCCCACGAAGACUCCCUUGACGGCACCGAGGAAGAGGAGGAGGACGAGGAGGACGAGGAGGACAUGGAGGAGGAGGAAGAAGAGGAGGAAGAGUUGGAGGAAGAGCCCGGUGGCCUCCCGGCAGCGCCUGGCGCCGACCUCGGCUUGGACCACAGUGACUCGCUGGAAUAGCUCCUCCUGCGCCCUCCCCAAAUCACUGGUGGCACCGGAAACAAAACUCCCCCCCAAAUGCCAAAAAACUGGCAAGAGCAAAAACAAAAUUGGUGAGAAAAAAGCAAACUGGAGGGGCGCUGGCAGACGACCGGUUGCCCACGGGAGCACGGGGACUACCACAUCAGCGCGUGGAAGUGAAGGACACAUGUUUACAAGGCACAUAUUGUGGCCAGAUUAAUUUUUUUUUUUUUUUGCAGGUUUUAUUCUUAUUUUCCCCUUUUCCCCUUCAUUUUUGCUAAGAAGAAGCAUUUUUAGGGGAAGCCGUUUUCCCCAGAUGAUGCUCGGAUGCUGUUGGGCGAUGGCGGGUUUUCACUGCGGGCCACCGCGUCCAUCGCUUGGAUUUCUUGGUGCAAAAAAAAAAACAAACAAACCCCUAAACAACCCCAGGACUGAUGCUUUUUGGGUUUUUCCCCCCAGAAGGCGGUUCACAGGCAUAAAUACGAGCACGCGGGGAAAAAAAUGAUCCAUCAUCAGGUGCAAAUUCCGCUUCAGGUCGGAUCUGAGGAGGUUUUCGCGCUCAUGACCCACCAGAUUGCCCAAACCUCCCCAUUUUGAUCCCGAUGCUGCGGUUGUUUGGUGACUCUGGAUGCAACUUCCUGGAAAAGGGAGGAAAUUCCCCCAAAUCCUUUAAUUUAUGUGCUACAAACCCAUCGAAUCUGGAAAAAACAAACAAACAAAACCCCCAUCCUCGUCCUUAAGGGCUGAGACUGGACGCGGGGUUGGGGCAAAGGCUGCCAGGAGCGAGACUUUCCCAGGGCACUUUUGGCACCGAGUCGGGAAAAAAUGGGUUUAAAAAAUGCAGGUUUUCCACCCAAAAUUGAAUGGUGACCCCCCACCCCCCGGGUGGAAGGAAAUUCAAUAUUGUUGCCGGCAAGAUGGUUUCUCCCUGAUGUUGUGGGGGAAAACGGUGGAGUUUUACCCCAAAGGAGCCACAGGGGAGGGCGGCUCUGCAAAAAAAAAACCGACGUAUUUUGGCAUUUUUUUUAAAUGCCGGCAAAAGGGCCAAUUUCGCCUUAAAAUGUGGCGCGGCGGGCGGGGCUGGGGGGGAAACGCAAAAGCGAAGGCGGGUGAUGCGGGGGCGAAAAUAAUAAAGGAAUUUUCUUCUGCAGGUUCCUCCGGCAAACGCAGGAUAUUAUUUUUUUUUUUUUUGGCGGCUUUUUGCCGGUUUUGUGUCCCCCCUUUUUUUUUUUUUUUGGGGGGUCUCGAGGAGUUGAGAAAAAAAAUCAAACCAACAGCAGCCAGGGGAAAAAAAACCACAAAACAAAACCAACAAACGAGUGAUGCAAUGGGCAGAAAAGCCUAUUUUUCGAUACCGAUCUGGCGUGAAUGUAAUCUGUAAUUUCAUAAAGGAUUCAUUGUAAUUUAGUAUUAAUUCAUGGCCAUUUAUUAUAAAGUGCUACGAGAUGAGGUUUCGCAGCUGUAUUUUAUUGGCAGCUUCUUCCUGCGAGUGGAGAAGCCCCAAGACGGGCGAAUAACCCCCCAAAACGGGCAAAACGCCCCUCAAAUAGGCAAAUUGGCCCCCAAAAUGGGCGAAUUGACCCAAAACCGGGAGGGAGCGGUGCGGCGCAAAUAGGUUUUAUACUUCUAAAAGUGAUGCCCCCCUCCUCCAAAAUGAGUGAUGUUCCCCCCCAAAAUGAGUGAUGCCCCCCCCCCGCCCCAAAAAUGACCUCAAAUGUGAUUUUAACCCGAUAUGAAUGAUGUUCCCCCAAAAUGGGUGAUGCACUCCCCAAAAUGACGCACCCCGCCCUGAAAUUAGUGAUUUUUUUUCACCCCCCCCGCCCCGAAGGAGUGAUAUUCUCAAAAAAACGAGUGAUGCUCCCCAAAAAGGAAUGGUGUUCCCCGAAAGGGACAACCCAGCCCCAAAAUGCGCGAUGCUCCCCCCAAAACGUUACGCGCGGGCCUCGACUGUGUGACGCUCGCCCCAAAAUGAGUUCUGUUCUCCAAAAAGGAGGGGUUCUCCCCCAAAAUGUGUGAUGCUCGCCUCAAAACGAGUAAUGGUCUCCAAAAAGGAAGGGUUCUCCCCCCAAAAAGGUGUGACGCUCGCCUCAGAAUGCGUUAUUUUCUCCGAAAAGGAGGGAUGCUCCCCGAAGAACAAGUGGCCUACCUCAAAAUGGGCGACGCUGCCCCAAAACGUGGGCCGCUCCCCCCCGAAAUGAGGGGCGCUCCCCAAAGUUGAAGUCCUGCCUCCAAAAAAGUGCUAUUUCCCCCCAAAACGAGGGGUGCUCCUCCAGAAUUAAGUGCUUUUUUUAUUUUAUUUUUUUUUUUUCUUGGACUGAUGCCCUAAAAACGAUUGAGCUCCUCAAAACCAUGACGCUCCCCAAAACGUUACCCCCCCCCAAAACGCGCAAAUCCUCCCCCAAAAUGAGCAAUGCUCCCCGAAACAAGGGAAAUUCACCCCAAACGAUGCUCUCCCGACCUCCUGAAAAUGAGUUAACUCUCCCCAAAAGCACGGGAUGAUCCCCCAAAUGAGUAAAUCUCCCCAAAAUGAGUAACUUCCCCCAAACCGACUGAAUUUGCCCCACAAAAUGGACGACGCUCAAAAAAAUGAGCAGUGACCACCAAAUUAGUGCCCGCCGGCCAAAAUAAGUGACAACCCCCCCCAAAAAAUGAGCAAUUCUCCCCAAAAUGGAUGCCCCCCCCCGCCCAUUCCCUAACGAGGCUAAUUAAUGGGUUGAUUUUUCUGGCAAAAAAAAAAAAAAAAAAGGUGAUUUUUGCUCAUCUUCAGCAGAAAAUGGGGCUGCGGGAAAAGCUAAAAAUGGGGGGGGAAAAAAAAUCCCCUCAAAACGGAAUUUACGGGCAAAUUUUACCCCUCGGAUCGCGGCGGCUGCCUGCGUACCCAGCACCUCCUUAGCCAGAAAUUUGCAUAUUUUUAGAAAACGCUGAAGAUUCGCGAGCACCGCAGCGAAAUUUCCUCACCGGUAUUUUCUGCCAAAAAAAAAAAAAACC